CUAUUUGAGUAAUUACUGCUUCAUUGCUGUCCUGCGAACAGAUAUCCUGUCUGCUGGACCUUGAAAGCAACCUUGAGUAUCAUAGGCAAGCCAGUCUGCUCAAACCCGUUCGCUGGAUCCUCACGGAACCGCACGCCAUUCUUGCCUGUCCUUCGGUCAGCAAAGGCUUCGAUGGGCAAGAUAAGUCAAUAUGCCGGCCCACGACGAUGACCUGCUGGCGAGAUUGAAUGCAUUGAAGCCAUCAAACCUCAGCUUCCAGCAAAAGGCUCCGUCGAUAGAUGUCGAAACGUCAAAGCCUCAAAGUCUCGAAGACAGACUAGCAGACCGCCUCAAGAAUCUCCGAGCAGGCGGAGCAGGCCCGGCUCAGGGUUUCUCGACCACUCCCAGUCAGACUUCCGCAGCAGACUCCGCCGAUGCUUUGACAGCAAGAACGCAAGUCGAGAUUGCUUCAGAGCGUGAUCCGAUUCGAGACUGGCAGCAAGAAGGCGAGGAGCAAAGCUUGGAAGACCUGCUGGCAGAGCUUGGUCCAGACGAUCAAUGGAAACUGGACCCUGAAGACCCGAAGCACAUUGAGACGCUGCUGAAGGAGGCUAAGGAAGCUCUUCCAGCGGAGUCGGAGAAUGCCGCUGGCGACAAUGCCGAGCCUGAUGCAGACCCAGCGAACCCCAAGAAUGACCAGGAAGAGGACUCCGAGAAAGCGGAAGACCAGCGAGAUGAAGCAGAAGCCGACGGCUACGUUCAGCGUAUCCUGGCCGAGCUUGAAAUGGAAGCAAAGUAUGGUGGUGGCGAGGAGGAGGAAGCCGCCAGCAACGACACUCGGCCGACUGAGACCUUUGGCCUCGAUCUCCCUUCUACUCCAUCAAAUCUACCCGCUCCGCCUCCCUCUCAGUCACGAGCAAAAGAAGACACAGAUCUUGCCGCCCGCUUCUCCCAGCUGGGUCUGAAUCUUCCCUCAACUCCAACAUCGAAACCUUCCUCGGCCAAGAAGCCCAUUAUCACAGCUUCUGUCAAGCCCAACGGAGACUCGAGUCUGCCUAAGUACACCGACGAAGACAUCGACUCGUGGUGCUGCAUUUGCAACGAGGACGGAGAGGUGAAGUGUUUGGGAUGCGAUGGCGAUUUGUAUUGCCAGGAGUGCUGGGAUGAGGGACAUGGAAGCGGACCUGGGAAGGAGCAGGGUCAUAAGGCUGUGAGAUUUGUGAAGGGUGGAGGUGAGGAGAAGAAGAAGAGGGUUGCUGCGUCUUGA